AUUAAUAAAUAAACUAACCGACUCUCACUUUUUGUCCGAUCGGUUAAUAACCACAUGGAGGAGAACAAUCUCAGGCCGAUUAUUCCGUCGCCGUUGCCAGAACACGACGCAAUGGCCGGUGGUUUAGUGACUGAUGUCACCUGGGCGAAUUCUGCUUCUUCUGCUUUAACCGCUGAUACCUCCAAGGAUUUUUCGCUUCAUAAUGCUUCGUCAAUCUUGGGCCCGUCUACAGUGUGGACAGAUGAGAAGCAUAGCUUAUAUCUUCAUUCGCUAGAAGCAUCAUUUGUUAAUCAAUUACGCCAUUCCAUUGCAUUGCGUGGUUGCUUGAAAAAAAACCUAUGGGGGCCGUAUUCAUCCCAAACACCGAAAACCAACCGUUGUAGUUCUUCACACCAGUUCAUGGUUCUACGAGAAGGCUCCUGGCAGAAAAGCAACUCCGGAAGGAAUAAAGCUAUAUUGGAAACCACAGCUGAUUCUCAUUUUAUUCAGAAAAACCCAUGGAUACACCAUUUUGCAUCUGUAGGAAAGCAGCAUAUUGCAGCAUGUCAUGAUCGAGAACAAUGUGCAUCCUCUACUAAAAGAAUUCAUGAAAGUAGUUCUCCAGUCUGCUGUGGAUCCACAAUUUACUCACAACACCCUGAAUGUGGCCUAUGCCAUCACAAUUCGGUUGGCAGUGCCAUAGAGGUUUCAGAUCAGAACUUUGUAGAUGAAGAUGAAGGAGAGAAGUCAGGCUCAAUUGCAGCGGUGAAAAGGUUGAAGUUAGUUGAGCUUGAUGCUUCAAGCAACGAUCAAGUUAUACCAUUUCCAAGUUCUGAAAUGAACAAUGUUUCAAGCUUCCUGAGAAAGAGAAGAAUAGGUGCAUCAUCAAAUUACUGCUAGAAAACUCUGAUAUGAUGUGGCACUAUUUUUAUUAGAAAAAUACAUUUGGGAGAUGAAAGUUCUAUAUCUUCUGUAUAAUAGCAAGCUGGUGAAAUCUACAAGGCAAGUUACUUUCCUGUUUCCUGUUCCUUAACCCAGUUUUGUAAAUUGCCUCAAUUCAUAUUUAGUUGUAUAUGAACUCGGAUUGGAACGACAUGAGACAGUCGUGCGUUGGAGCAUGAAGAGGACCUUCCUAGCAUGUGAACCUUUUUUUAUGCAAGUAGAAGAUGGAAAAGAAUGCAAUUGAUGGGGUAAUGGGUUGAUAUCUUCGAGCUGCAGCACCAGCAAUUGUCUUCAAAUAUACCAAUAAAUAAGAAAAUUUCGAUUCAUUUAGGCAGUAGCUUCAAUAGGUGGGAAGAGAGUUUUGUGUUGUUUGCUUUGAAGGUGGAAAGAGAGUUAAUAUGUUGAAAAAUUGGUUACUGUUAAAAGCUUAGCUUAAUUUUUUAAUUUCUUUUAUCCAUAUGCAUAUAAAUAUAUAAGAAUCUCCAGUAGUUGUGAAAGAAAUGCAACCAUCUUGAUUCUUCUGA